AGUGGGCUUUCUGAGGCUGGCUCAGGGAAAACUGGCGAUGCUGGAUGCAAUCGAUGGAGCCUGUAGCUGAUCACAGAGGCUUCGAGUGAGCUGCUUCAGGAGGGUGUUCUCGCUAUUUUAGAGGAUUUCGCUUAUCUACUUGAAUGGGCGUUUCUUCUACAGAAGGGAAGGGGGUUUGGUCUGUGCGUGUAGACUGUGUUUGUUAUUUCUAGGACCAGCUAUUCUGCUGCAGUAGUAACAUUGUACUUGUAGCUGCUCUGUUUGACUGGCUGUUACCUGGAAGUAUGUAGUACACGACGUUUCCGCUUUGUGUCCUAAUUAUUUGGAACGCUGCUUAUGGAUUAGUGUAACUCGGGGACUGAUUUAGCAGCUGCUAGCAGGCGACAACCUGGCACUCUGAAGAAAAAAAAAUGCCGUCUUCGGAGGAAGGUUUAUCCGGAGCUGACGUGGUUACUGUAAAACAUGAGCUUAAAAACGCAAACCUGACGGGUCACGUGGAACGUGUAGGCAUUGAGAAUUUUGAGCUGCUGAAGGUUCUGGGUACAGGAGCAUAUGGAAAAGUGUUCUUGGUGCGCAAAGUGAGCGGACACGACUCAGGCAAGCUGUACGCCAUGAAGGUGCUGAAAAAAGCCACCAUUGUGCAGAAGGCGAAGACAGCUGAGCACACGCGUACUGAGAGGCAGGUGCUGGAGCAUAUCAGACAGUCUCCAUUCCUUGUUACCCUGCACUAUGCCUUCCAGACAGACACCAAGCUUCACCUCAUUUUAGACUAUGUGAAUGGGGGAGAGCUCUUCACACACUUGGUGCAAAGGGUCCAUUUCAAAGAGCAAGAGGUCGCGUUGUACAGCGGAGAGAUCGUACUGGCACUGGAACACUUGCAUCAGCUAGGGAUUGUCUACAGAGACUUAAAACUGGAGAACAUUCUUCUGGACUCAAUUGGUCACAUUGUCCUGACAGACUUUGGACUUAGUAAAGAAUUUGAUGAGGUAGAGAGGGCUUACUCUGUGUGUGGCACAAUUGAAUACAUGGCCCCUGAGAUUGUAGAAGGUGGAGUAUCUGGACAUGACAAGGCAGUGGACUGGUGGAGUCUGGGGGUGCUGAUGUAUGAGCUCAUGACUGGUGGCUCUCCUUUCACUGUGGAUGGUGAUGAGAACUCCCACUCUGAUAUAGCUAAGAGAAUUCUGAAGAAGGAUCCACCAUACCCCAAGGACAUGGGGCCCCUGGCCAAAGACAUCAUUCAACGACUCCUUAUUAAAGACCCAAAGAAAAGGCUAGGCUCUGGGCCCUCAGGGGCCCAGAAUGUAAAGAGUCAACCAUUUUACCAGAAAAUAAACUGGGAGGAUCUAGCUGCCAAGAAGGUCCCAGCUCCCUUUAAGCCAGUCAUCCGGGAUGAACUAGACGUGAGUAACUUUGCGGAAGAGUUCACAGAGAUGGAUCCUACUUACUCCCCUGCUGCACUGCCUCAGAACUGCGACCGCAUUUUCCAGGGAUACUCCUUCAUAGCUCCCUCCAUCCUGUUCAAGAGGAAUGUGGUGAUGGAUGACCCAGUUCAGCUGUGUGGUGAAGUGGAGAGGCCAGGACCUGCUGCAGUUGCACGCAGUGCCAUGAUGAAGGACUCCCCUUUCUAUAUGAACUAUGAGAUGGACCUGAAGGAGACAGCACUAGGGGAGGGAAGCUUCUCAAUCUGCAGGCAGUGCACACACAAGAAGAGUGGGCAGAAAUAUGCAGUAAAGAUUGUCAGUAAAAGAAUGGAGGCACAGACGCAGAAAGAGAUAGCUGCACUCAAACUAUGUGAUGGACACCCCAAUGUAGUCAAGCUUCAUGAGAUUUACCAUGAUCAGCUGCAUACGUAUCUGGUUCUAGAGCUGCUGCGUGGUGGAGAGCUCCUGGAGCGGAUCCGGAGGAAGCAAUACUUCAGUGAAACAGAGGCAAGCCGCAUCAUGCGGAGGCUGGUGUCCGCUGUGAGCCACAUGCACGACGUAGGUGUGGUGCAUCGAGACCUUAAACCAGAGAACCUGCUAUUCACUGAUGAAAGUGAGAACUCAGAAAUAAAAAUAAUCGACUUUGGCUUUGCUCGGCUCAAGCCUCAUGACAACCAGCUUCUGAAGACACCUUGCUUCACCCUACAGUACGCCGCCCCUGAGAUCCUCAAAUACGGCGGUUACGAUGAGUCUUGUGACCUCUGGAGUCUGGGAGUCAUACUGUACACCAUGCUAUCUGGCCAGGUACCCUUUCAGUGUCAGGAGAAGAGCUUAACACACACGAGUGCAGAGGAGAUCAUGAAGAAGAUCAAACAAGGAGACUUCUCUUUCCAGGGCGAGGCUUGGAGGAACGUGUCCCAGGAGGCCAAGGAGCUCAUUCAGGAGCUCCUGACAGUAGACCCUAACAAGAGGAUAAAGAUGUGUGAGCUGCGUUAUAACACAUGGCUGCAGGACGACAGCCAGCUCUCGUCCAACCCCCUCAUGACGCCUGACAUUCUGGGCCUGUCUACUGCCUCUGUAAACACCUGUGUUAAAGCCACCUUCAAUGCCUUCAACAAGUGUAAGCGGGAGGGUUUCCGACUGCAGACGGUGGAUAAGGCUCCUUUAGCCAAGCGCAGGAAGAUGAAAAAGACCAGCACAAGCACGGAGACACGCAGCAGCUCCAGUGAGAGCACACACUCGUCCUCGUCUUCCUCCCAAUCUCAGGAGAAGACUCCUCUUCAGCUGUCUGUCAGCACCCCCCUCGCACUGGGCCCUGAUGACGACGAGCCCUCCCAGAGUGAGCCACAGCCUGCUUUCAGCUUCUCAGAGUGAGCUGUGUCUCGUCCUCUCUGUCUGUGCUCCUCUACAUUAGCCGGGUCUCCCUUUAUCACAGAUGCAGCGCAUGCAAGCAGGAGCGCCAGAGCUGAAAUCACCCGAGACCUUCACUAGCAAUAGAUCUGUGGAGUAGGGUAGUACAACGUGGGGGUGUUUGAGGAAAAAGGCCUGAUCCCUUUAUGAUCCACUGAUUUCUGGUCCAGACUUAAUCCCACACUCCUGAUCCAAGCUGAGUGUUGCUCAGAGAAGCAUGACAUCCUGCACUACAUGGAACGAAUGCUCCAGUAACUGUGCUGUCUCACCGCUUUAGGCCAAACAAAAAAAAAUGGAAGAAAGGGAUAUUUUCUUUAUUCUAAAAAAGUUUAUAUGUUAAAUUAUUCUUAUGGCCCUAUGGUCAAGUCUGUUAUCUUUGGUGGAUGUCCUUGUAAAUUGAGUUGUGAAGUGUGUUGUCGCUGACUACAUCGGGUCAGAAGUAUGCGAUGCCGGACUUGUGUUUGAUUUUGUGCGGGCUUCUUCCGAUCUGAGUUUCAUGGUCAAGUAGCAGAGAUUUGUUUGCAUGUAUUCAGACAAAUCUUUUUUUUUUUUUAAAGUUGUCAAGGAAGAUUAUAUAACAGAGUGCUCCGGAUUUAUUAUUACAAGUAAAUUAUAAGUAAAUGGGUUAUUUUGGGAGUAAAAUGGACUAUUUUAUAUGUGAACGUAAAAAAAUCCUAACACACAGUGCUAAGAAAAUGCAGUCAAACAAACAGUUUCCCUAAUACCAGUAGUGGUGCAUUCCUGAGAGAGUUGGAUUUAGUGAUAGAUUUUAUUCUGAAAGUUUUUAACUGAUAGCCAGGAUAAAGCAGGUGUUUACAUAAAAAGUACUAUGCGUCACAUGUUUAACUAAACAUGCUCCUGCAUCUCUAUGAAUAUGUUGUUCAUGCCCUAAUAUCUAAGUAAUGACAAAUUAGCAGAGUAGAUUUCUAAGUAGUAAGCAGAAGAAAAGGUAGCAGCAGGGAGUGUAUGUGUCAAGGUUAGGCCCAGUUGCCUCAUAAUAUUAUGUCUUUGUACAGAUGGUUGAACAUUUUUCUGUACUUUCUGUGCUAGAUGCUAAGUGGUAAAUUAACCAAGUAUGGCGUUUCCUGUUAUAAUAGAUUUCAUUGUUGAAGGCACAUCAGCAUGCCAUGAGCUUAAAGGACUCCUUAUAAAAUGGUUGAUAUAAUAGCAUUCUCUGUUCUACUGUUGGAAGCACCACAAAGGCUUUCAACUGAUAAGGCAUUAGACUCAACGUUGCAGUUGACCUGCUAUGCAAAAUAGCCGCAUUUCUUUGUUUAGCAUGACUUCUGUGUAUAGCCCUUUUCUGAUAGGGACCAUUAUGCAUUAUGAACAAGUGAGCAAAAAAAAAAAAAAAAAAAAAGAAAACAUCAUGCCUCAUAAGACCUCUUUAAAGCCAACUAGCCUGUGUAUUAACAGUCUCCUUCAGUAGGAGCUCACGUAUCCUAUACCUCUUUACCUUUACAUUGAAACAAGUGGUGACUUCCACGAACUGAAACACUGAGGGCUUGUAUAGAGUGUACAGUAGACACACACAAACAUGCAUGCAGAUACACUGGUGCUCCUGAUUCUGCCUACGUGACAGAGCAACAGAUGAGCAAUAAGAGUGUCCUGAGCUCAGCUCACUUUCCAGUAUCAAAGGCCUGCACGUGGCUUUUUCCAUCUCCACUUUGUGCCAAACCCCCGCAGCUCCCUCAUUCCUGCUCUGCUCUUUUUGUUUUGGUAUAUUAAUAGAACAGGAAAGAGAGUGUGUGUGUCCUACAUUGAACUCCGCUCGGGGGGGUGUGGAGGCCUUAUUAGUUGCUUUACUGUAGUGCUGUUUGUCCUUUGGGAGAUUAAGCAGCCCAGCUCAGAGUCCUGGUACAAGGGCAGUGAGACAGGUGCAUUGGAACACACAGAGACGAAAAAUGGGGUCAGCGCCUUACAGCAUUAGGAAGAGGCUGAGAAUUUGGCUUUGAUGAAUAUGCGCCAGAGCUAUUCAGACUCAGAGGCAAGACCUAUGCUUCUUAUUCGGGCAGAUAGGUCAGCACUCUGUUCUAUCGUUCCAUUGAUCUCUAAAGCACUUGUGUUUUGCGACAGCCAAUGCCAGCAGCAGAUUUUCAGAGUUCUAAAGAGCUCUCUGGUCUGGCUGGCUGGGUGAGGGUUUCAUGUAUAUUCUAGAGAGUAUCUUUUACCAUUUUCUGAGGUAGAGAGAACACAUAUUGUAACAGCGUGCUCUUGAAAAGAGCCCAUUCCUUUGAUCUGAGCACUCCUUCAUCACAAGUUAUUGUUGGCCUACUUUAAUGCUCUCAGGAGCUGGUUAAUUGUGUGGCCCUUUUUCCUGCUAUCGUAGCAGAGGGUCCAGUGUGAGUACAUAUCUCUCUGUGCCGCCAGUGGUCAGGCUGUCGGCUCACUCUUUCAUCUGCUCGCGGAGGUGGAGCAAUUCUCCAUGAUCAUUUGAGCUUCGACAUAUCCCUUAUGAAUGCUGUCUCGCACAACGUAGGCCAUGUAACCUGAUUUUGAGAGGAAGGUGGCUAAAGAACACCUGUUUUGUGUUUCUACUGUUUAAUAAUUGGGUGGUUGUUUUGUAAUGUUGCGUUCAGUAGAAGAAUGUUGUUGUGUUGUGGAAGUCAGAUUUAUGGUCAUAUUGUAUGAAUUGUCAUUUUUAGAACUGGCUAGGGAGCAGGAACUUACCUCUCAUAGUCCUUAACAGGACAUAUAAGUUUUACCUUGGAAGAUCAUGCAGUAUCUUCCCUUUUGUCCAACUGAGCAACAUUUUUAAGCAAGAAUUCUGACUGGUGAAAAAGAAAUGUGACAAGGAGGAACUUUUAACAUUAACAUUACCAUUACCAACACCAGCACACUGUGGUAUGGCAGGCAGUCUCUGACCCCUGGAGCUUAACUUUUGCAUCUUGAAAAAAAUCAUCACCUCUCUCUAGUAUUGGAAAAUACUGUUGCUCUAGAUGGGUGAGUAUCACUCGUCAAUAUGAAAGUAAAAAAUAUUCAUAGAUUUUCACUGUAUGUCUUUUAUCCAUUGAUUUGUUUUUUUUGUUGUUGUCAAAGCUUUGAUCUGUAGCAGUGAAGCUCAAAGCAAAUCCUCAGCUUCAGAAAACAACAAAAGCUUUAAAUUUCUUUGUACCUUUCAAAACUAUUGUUUACCAUCAGUGAAGCAAAAUACGCACACACAUAUAUAUAUAUAUAUAUAUAUAUAUAUAUAUAUAUAUAUAUAUAUAUAUAUAUAUAUAGUCAGAAUAGAAAUGUGCUUCCCUCUGGUGGAAAUGUCCAGCAUUCAGUGCUGGGUCAUGCUGUUGUUUUAUAUGGACUCAUGUUGCAGUUGCGAUGAUGGCUCAGCAUAUCAGUAAUGAAUAACUGGCAUGAAACUUUCAUACUGUUCAGAUCACUGUGACCUCAGUUCAGGUUGUAAACCAAAGGGGUACUUCAUACACCCUCACAUUCUACCUACAUAUAUACAUAUAUACAGUAUCUAUACUACAUGCAUUCUUGGUCAAUUGCAAAUAGCAUAUCUAAUUUGUUAACAUGAAUUCAUUGACAGUUCUUUAGCCAUGAGACAUAUUUUUUUACUUUAUUUUUCAGCGCUACACCAGAUGUAACAUUAAAUAAAGCAUCAAUAGAGUCUUGGAUGCAAAGAAAAAAAUCAUUCAGAGGUAUCUGAUGCUGUUUAACAGCCAAUUGUGCAAUCAAAGACUGCCACCGAGGGGCAGUAUCUACAUACAUUUCAGUCUAAAGCAUCCCUUGAGGGGGACCUUCUUGUCCUAGCUGUUCUGCCAGUGCUCACAGAGCAGCACCAGUGGUUUGAUCACGCUGCACAGAACAAAACAAAAGCUCUUUACUUGAAAAAUAAAUUUGAUAAUGUAAUAUUAAUGAAAAAUUAAAAAUGAAUUGUAGUUAUCUAGCUGGGCUGGAUAUAUAAAUAUUAUUCUCUUAACUUAUUAAAUUGGGUUGUUGUAGUGUUAUAUGAUUGAUUAAAAAAGAAACACACACAACGAGAUUAUAUUUAUGGUCUUCAUGGUGUAUAUAUUUUGUAAAAGCCAAGCCAUAUUCCUUUAUCUGUCCUGUAGUUUCCUCUUAAAAAAAAACAAACAAACAAAAAAAAAACAACAACAACAAUGUUUUCCCAGUAUGAGGUUAUAAAAUUAACUUUAAAAAUUAAGGAUCAGAGCAAAAUAUUUUGUGUUUUAGGAAACUAGGGAUACAAAUUUGAUUGUUUUGCAUGACUGUUCAAGAUUCUGAGUUGAAUCAACUCCAGUUCUCCAAAGUGAGAAUGCACUCUGUUUGUUCUCUAGUCUCUCUAUUAAUAGUUUUGUGGUUUAAGGUAUAUGUCUAUGUAUGGAAAAGAGUACUUAAGGGCUCUUGUUAAAAUUUCUAAUGAAUGUUAUAAUUAUGAUAGAUUUGUCAAAUGUAAUAAAAUGUCUACAUUUUCAA